AUGGAUCCCACUACAGUCACCACCAACCCAGACAUCCACAAACCACUAAUCACCGCCCUAGCCACAUUCUACACCCUCCUAGUAGACCUCCGCUACAUCCCGCCAGCAUGGCUAAUCCAGCCAUCGCCCGAAACAGGCCGCCACCCCACUAACCUAAUCAACGCCGCCGCCGCCGCCAGACGCAACGGGUUCGGUCCCUCGGCCAUCGACCUCGCCUACCAGAUCCCCUACAUCGUCGAUGAAGAUGUGAAACUGAACCCCGACACCCAGCCCCUAUGCUACCUGACCCGGCUGGGUGGCGCGGUCCAACCACUCAGUAACUCCGAGCAGCGUGAUGCCGAUCUAGCCGACGAGUGGGAAUAUGCCCGUGACCCGACGUUCCAGGGACGGGAUGAUACGUGGGCUGGGAGUAAUGUCCUGGUUCUGACACGGGGUCAGGUUUAUGGGGUGGUGUUGGUUUAUGAUAUUGAUGAACGUUAG